GGCAGUACUUUUAUUUGAAAAUGGGGAAGGACAAAGGGCAGUCUUCAGGUAGGAAGAAGCUCAAGGACCCGUCAAUCAUCAAUUGGGCUACUGCAAAUAAUAAAACGAAAAAGAGUGUCUUUGAGACUGAAAUCGUACGCCAAGGCAAAGAAACCAUUUGUUGGGCUGUUUCAACUUGUGCAGUACUUGAAGGAUGUUUCAAUAUAAGUUUGGACGGUAGCAAGCAUCGGAUCAAGGCUUCGAUUCAAGAACUUUUAGAUUAUGCUAUAGAAAAAGAUGCAGACAAAAUUGAAAAGGAACCGGUGAGGUUGACCAAUGCAUGGCGACAGAUC